AUUUAAGCUCUUGAAAUGAAAACAACGGAAAUAUUUGCGCUCAUUCUAUUGAGCUGUUCUUUAAAUAUAGUACCAGUCAUAUGUAGCAGUCAACAUUUAUUAGAUGCCUGGAAUGAAAUUAAAUCAAACUAUUUCAAUGAUAUUCAGCAGAGUAACAAUAUCUACAGACAAAUAAAAGAAGAACAAUAUGCAUUGGCUCAACUACGCUCCAUUGUGGAAAAACAUUUAAGAGAUAAAAAUGCUGAGGAGUUGGCAAAUGCUUUAAAUUCGGAUGAUAUUUUAAAUUCAGCUAAAAAUCUGAAAGAAAUUAUGAACAAUAUAACCAACUACUAUGACAAUCAAAUGAUUGAUAGCAUUUUUGUUCAAGCUAUAAAUGAAAUUAUUUUAAGAGGAAAUGUGUUAGCAAUGCCUGACUUACUGUGGAAUAUAUAUCAGAAAAAUUAUUUAAAAUAUGAAAUUAUGCUGCGUUUUCAAAUUCAACUGUAUAACAGUGUAAGUUACCGACAUCAUAAAAACGAAAAGGUAUUUUUACAAAAUUAUGCCUACAUAUUGCAUAAAAUUAAAAAGGAACUUUUAUACGAUUCAGUAGAUUUGAGUUUAAAAUCAAGUGUUCAGAAUAUUGUGGAUAAGCUGCCUAAUAACAUAAAAUUUUUAUAUUUUGCACCAUAUUUCUGUUUAUUAAAUAUAAAAUAUGAAAAAUAUAUUUAUACAGCCAUUGAGGCAAAAGUUGAUCCACUAAGUCGUUACAUUUGGCUGUGGUAUGAUAAUAAAUCAAUGGAUAAUACAGGUUACCUUAAUGUCGAUAUUGCAGAAUAUAAUCUAAAUAAUAAACAACAACUUAAAGUUGCUCUAAAAAGUACUACAUAUAAAAUCUAUUAUUAUAUGAUGCCUAGCACAAAAAUGAUUGCCGGUUGGGAUACUGUCGGUACGCCUUCAAAUCAUAUUUGGGAUCUAGAAUUUGUAGAUGAUGAUCGUGUUGUAUUUUCUCAAAACGGUUAUUUAAUGUGUGGUGUUGAACAGCACGAUAACGAGAGACGUAAUGUUGGCGGACGCAAAAUUGGUCAAGUUUCAUCAACAAACUCUGAAUGUCAAUGGCGUUUGGGAGAAUGUAAAUUUAAAUAAUUUGUGAAAUUUAAAUUGAGUUUAUAAUAAAUUGAUAUAAAAAAGUAA